AGAGAUAUACACAGAGCCUUCAAAUUGUAUCCCCAAUUCUGAACCCGCCGCCACUCAUCGUCAGCCUCUCUCUCUCUCACCACCGCACCACCCCACCCCACCCCCACACCGGCCGAAAUGAAUCCCCAACCAUUCAAUUCAUCUUCUCUAGAAUCUCUACUUUUCGCCGCCAUUGUCAACGCGCCACCCCAUCAGCUGAAAUAAAAGCAAAUCAAGUCGUCAAUUGAUUUUUUCAGAGCUCUUUCUCUAGCUCGGCUCAACGAGCCUUUCACAAGCCGAGCUCGAGCUCGUUUACAGCUCAAACUAGGGCUAUUUGCGGCUGCAGCAACCGAGGGAACGAAGCGUUCAUUUUGAGUUAAUCUUCGAGAAUUUGAUGGUAUGUGUUAUUGCUCCGAAUAUGUUUAGGUAAAUUUUGAGUUGAUUAUGUUUCAGAGGUUUUGAUUUUGAAGAUGGAUCGACUCAGUGAGUUGCCCGACUCUGUUAUAUUUCACAUAUUUUGGUUCUUGCCUAUUUGGGAUGUUGUUAGGACAACAAUUCUAUCCAAGCGCUGGAAAAACCUUUGGACCACCACUCCCUGUCUUAAUAUAACUAAGGAUCAUAUUUAUGAUUCUUAUACUAGAAAAAAAAAAUCAGUCACUGUUCAUCGGGCUUUAUUACGCUGGGAUGGGGUAAAGGUUCUGAAAUUCAAGGUUAAAUUGGAUCAUGAGCGUUCAAUACAUGGGGAUGCUGAUUUGUGGGUGCGAUUUGCAAAGAAACAUGAAGUCGAAGAAUUGUACUUGCAUUGGGUGAAUUUUUACAUACCAAGGAAUCGUGAUGAAGAUCACAAAGCACAUUGGGUGCCGCAGUAUCUGUACUCAUGCUCAUCGCUGAAAUUGUUAUCGAUCAAGAAUUGUUACUUUAGAAUUAAGGAGAAUGUGCAGUGGAAUCAACUCAAGAGUUUAACAAUCAAGAAUGGUUUUGGGGUCACUGAACAUGUGAUUAGUCAAAUGUUAUGUGGUAGCCCUCAGUUGGAAGUCCUAAGCAUGUCUUUUGUGGAAAGAGGUGAAAGCAUGUCCAUCCGAUCUACUAGUUUGAAAGAGCUGUCGAUUGACAAGCAUGAUUCAGAUGACCAUGAUUUACCUAAUGAUGCAUCUCGUUAUACGACUGAGCUGAGAAUUUUGACACCAAAUCUUGAAACCUUAGAAAUUAAAGGAAUUCCAUAUAGCAGGUGUUUGUUGAUGAAUGUCUCAUCUUUAACCCAUGCAACUAUUGGGUAUUCUAAUCAUUGGAGUGAUGACACAUGUGUUGCCCACUUUCAUGAAGGUUUAUUUGGUCAAAUUCUUCCAAGCAUCCAACACGUUGAAAACGUCAAAUUACUUCCCUGCUGCAUCAAGGAACUUGGAGCUAUGAUAGAGGGAUGCAUGAAUUCAUCUUCUCCUAAUGUCAAGCUCUUACGGUUCAGAUGUCAUUGCUCUAAAUAUACAAGUAGAGUUGAGAUUUCCCCUCUAUUAAAGAAGUUAGUCAUUAAACUUGUAUUAUUGACUGACAUAUUGGGCAAGUCCAACUUUAAUGACGUAUAUGCAAGCCAAGAUACACCGUGGGUAUCAGAUACUGAGAUCUACGACGAGUUGAAAGAAAAACUCCCUAUGUCCUUUGUGCUGCAGUUGAGGACAGUUGAGGUUACUUUGGUUGAGGCUGACAACAUAUUUCCAUUUCUAGAGUUUCUGUUGAAAAAUGCGAGUAAACUAGAAAAGAUUGUGUUCCGAGUUAAAGAAAUCAAGCGACCUUCACGCCCAGUGAAUUGUUUGCUUCGUGCCGCGCAGAAGCUGCUUAAAAUGCCAAGAUCCUCGCGAACUGCACAGUUCAUUUUCAGUGAAUAUUGAUCUUACCACGUUAUUUCUUCAAUCAUAGAGGAAUGCUGCAUGAUUCCUGGUAUCUGAGAGUCUUCUUAGAUAAGUAAUAGCUUGUUGUACAUAUCAUCCUUUAACUUCGUCCAACUACUUGUCAUAUUUCAGUUUUUCUUUCCUCUGUUUGUUCCAUUUUGGGGAUAAUAUUUGCUUAGUAAGUUCACUUUUGAAUUA